CUAAAUAUCAACGGAUUAACGAACAAAAGCAGAAUCCGUAUCCUUCUCCUUCCCUCUCACACAGCAAAGAGUGAAGAAGAUGAGGGUCUUCCUCUGUAAUUCAUUGUCUUCUUCCCUCUUUCCACCACCCCCAACGCCCACUGUUCGCCGCCCUCAAAAACCCCUUCUAGCCACUCCUCAAAACCCGUCUUUCAUCCGUUCAUUAACUGGAGCCGCGCUCUCUUUCAACCUCCUCUUCUUCUCGCCUCUCUCUCCAUUUCCUCCACCUUCAAUCGCUUCGGAUUUUACUUCUUCAGGUUCUCAAUUGGAAUGUCGCGAAGAAGAUCAGCGAAUUGAAGAGGAGAGAAGGCUCGAAAGGGCUCCUGAAUUGGUCACAAAUGAAGAGAUUGUGAAGGAGGCUUGGCAGAUUGUUAACGAUAGCUUUCUUGACACUGGUCGAAAUCGAUGGUCACCUGAGGCUUGGCUUCAAAAGAAGGAAGACAUUAUUGGGACAUCGCUCCAAACAAGAUCUAAAGCUCACGAUGUCAUCCGCAGGAUGUUAUCUACCUUAGGCGACCCUUAUACACGUUUUCUAUCUCCUUCAGAGUUCUCAAAGAUGGCAAGGUAUGACAUGUCUGGAAUCGGAGUCAACCUCAGGGAAAUUCCAGAUGAAAACGGUGAAGUAAAACUCAAGGUUUUAGGGCUCAUUUUAGAUGGCCCUGCCCAUGCCGCUGGCGUCAGACAAGGAGAUGAACUAUUAUCUGUCAAUGGAGUAAACUUAAAGGGCAAAUCAGCAUUUGAAGCUUUAUCAAUCUUGCAAGGUCCAAGUGACACAUCUGUAAACAUCACGGUCAAACAUGGAAAUUGUGGUCCAAUACAAUCUGUAGAUGUCCAGAGGCAACUUGUUGCCAAAACCCCUGUUUUUUAUCGAUUGGAACAAAUGGAUAAUGGCAAGACUUCAGUUGGAUACAUGCGUCUGAAAGAGUUUAACGCACUUGCUAGAAAGGAUUUGGUGACAGCAAUGAAGAGACUUCAAGGGAUGGGUGCCUCAUUCUUCAUUCUUGAUCUUAGAGAUAAUCUUGGUGGAUUAGUACAGGAGGGGAUUGAAAUUGCUAAAUUGUUUCUAAAUGAAGGGGAGACAGUAAUAUAUACCGCUGGAAGAGAAACUCAGAAUGUAAAAAGUAUAGUAGCUGAAACAGCGCCUCUUAUUACAACUCCUGUCAUUGUUUUGGUGAACAAAAAUACUGCUAGUGCAAGUGAAAUAGUUGCUACUGCACUUCAUGACAACUGUAGAGCCAUUCUUGUUGGUGAAAAGACGUAUGGAAAGGGUUUGAUUCAGUCUGUAUUUGAACUUCAUGAUGGAUCAGGGGUGGUGGUGACUGUUGGGAAAUAUGUCUCACCAAAUCAUUUGGACAUAAAUGGAAAUGGAAUUGAUCCUGAUUAUAAAAAGUUACCAGCAUGGAAUGAAGUGGUUGAGCGUUUAUCCAAGUGCCAAAAGCAACAAUCUAAAGAGACUUGA